GGUACACGGGAUCUGAAUUCGGGUCCUCAAACUUUCAGAGAAAGCAUCUUACCUACUGAGCCAUCUCUCCAACUGCCAUUCCCAGGUAUCUUUAUCCACACAACAGGACUAGACGCCAUCUAUCUCCUCAGCACAGUGCUGGAAGGUGACUAGAAGCGUGUUUCCAAUGAGUUGCAUUUUGGUGAUGUUUAUUUUUUCUUAAGGGACCCUGGUCCUGAAGUUGCUCCGUCCUCCACCUCCAAGUGCUGGGAUUACAAGAGUGUGUAAUCAGGCCCAGCUUUGAAGGACUUUUCCUGUAAGCUCCAGCCACGAAAGUAAAGAGUGUUAGUUUCAGAAGAGUGAAUAGACUUCACUGAGGAUGUCUGAAAACCUUGACAAGUCCCAUAUAAACGAAGCAGGAGAGUCAAAGCCUGACUCUGAGCAAGGCCUGGAAGGUGCUCUGGAACGUUCUGAUGAAGCUUUGCAGAAGAAAGUGAAGUCGGACUCACCUAGUCCCCAAAGAGUGGGAAGACCUCACUCUAGUCCUCCGAGACUUGUCACUGUGGAGGAACUUCUAGAAACAGCGAAAGGAGUCACCAACAUGGCUCUAGCCCACGAAAUUGUCGUCAAUGGAGACUUCCGGAUUAACGCCGUUGAAUUAGCAGAAGGCAGCUUGGAGAAAAGAGUAAAGGAGAUUGUACAUAAAGCAUUCUGGGAUUGCUUGAGUGUCCAGCUAAGUGAAGACCCCCCAACAUAUGACCAUGCCAUCAAACUUGUAGGAGAGAUCAAAGAGAUCCUGCUCUCUUUCUUGCUGCCUGGUCACACUAGACUAAGAGACCAGAUAACUGAGGUCUUGGAUCUGGAACUUAUUAAACAGGAAGCAGAGAAUGGGGCCCUAGACAUUGCCAAGCUGGCAGAAUUCAUUAUUGGCAUGAUGGGGACAUUGUGUGCACCUGCUCGUGAUGAGGAAGUUAAAAAGCUAAAGGACAUUAAGGAAAUAGUGCCUCUUUUCAGGGCAAUCUUUUCUGUGUUGGACCUAAUGAAAGUAGACAUGGCCAACUUUGCUAUCACUAGCAUUAGACCACACCUCAUGCAGCAAUCAGUUGAAUAUGAGAGGAAGAAGUUUCAGGAGGUGUUGGAGAAGCAACCGAACUCCCUGGACUUUGUCACCCAGUGGCUGGAGGAGGCCUCAAAUGACCUUUUGACUCAGAAGUACAAACACGCCCUGCCGGCUGGGGGAGGGGCUGCUGGCUCUGGGGAUGCUGCAGUGCUGAGCCCUGCUUCUGUCCAGAAUUAUGCCUACCUGAAGCUUCUGAAAUGGGACCACUUCCGGAGACCUUUCCCCGAGACCGUUUUGAUGGACCAGUCUCGUUUCCAAGAACUUCAGUUGCAGCUGGAGCAGCUGGUCAUCCUGGGGUCUGUGCUGCUCGUCACACUCAGCACCGCCGCACCUGGGAUUUCUGGCCACGCUGACUUUGCUGAGAAACUCAAGAUGACGGUGAAGAUUCUGCUAAUGGAUAUGCGUCUGCCUUCCUUCCGUCUGGAGGAUGCUCUGACUUCCAUUGGGGAGAAGGUGUGCCUGGAGGUGAGCAGCUGCCUCUCCCUGUGUGGAUCAUCCCCAUUCUCCAUCAACAAGGAGACUGUCCUCAAGGGCCAGGUUCAGGCCCUGGCCAGUCCUGACGACCCCAUUCGCAGGAUUGUGGAGUCCCGAGUUUUUACCUUCUUGGAGACAUACCUUGCCUCUGGUCAUCAGAAGCUGUUGCCUACAGUGCCAGGGGGAUUGGGUCCCAUUCAGAAAGAGCUGGAAGAAGUUGCAGUGAAAUUUGUGCGCCUGGUCAACUAUAACAAGAUGGUGUUCUGCCCUUACUAUGACGUAAUCCUCAGUAAGCUCCUCCUCCGCUCCUGAGGGCACAGCCGCACAGCACCGGCUCCUCUCCUCAGAACCCCGCUCCUGCAGUGCCCAGUGCCGUUGCUGUGGAGAAUGGCAUGUGGUACACUCCUGUUUAAUAGCGCUGGUUCCUGUGUCGCUGUUGGAAAGACUCGCUGAAGAAUGCACGGAGUUCUGUUUUGAGGACUGUAUUUAUGAGUGCAAGUUUACAAACUCAAGGAGCUCUCUCUCGUUCUCUUGAGUUUACAGGUAGCACUUAGCUUCCAUCAGUUGG